UAAAUGAAAAGAAAAAGAUCUGUUACGCAAGAGUUAGCUCAGAUAAACAGAAAGAAGAUCUCGACAGACAAUGUGAACACCUCAGGGAGAAAUACCCAGAUCACGAACUCAUCAAGGACAUCGGAUCAGGUCUCAAUUGGAAACGUAAAGGUUUCACGUCCAUUCUGGAACGAUCGUUCCACGAUGAAGUUGUGGUUGCCAGGAAGGAUCGACUCUGUCGGUUCGCUUACGAACUUGUCGAAUGGAUCUUUGGUAAGAACGAUACAAAGAUCUUGGUACUCGGUUCGGACGUCAACGUUGAUGAUACAGAAUCCGGAGAGCUUGCCGAGGAUCUAUUAUCCAUCGUUACUAUCUUCACGGCAAGACACAAUGGACUCAGAUCAGCUCAGAACAGGAAACGACGAAGAGAAACUAAAAACUCGAAAGAUACGAAUGUACCCAACAUCGGAAGAAAGAGAAAAAUUAAGAAAAUGGAUGGGAACUGUGAGGUGGACCUACAACAAACAAACGAAGAAUUGUCAUGGGUGAAGGAAACACCAAGGGAAGUGAGGUCAUACGUAAUCAGGCAGUUGAUAAGCGCAUUUAAGACGAGCAAGAAAUUACAUGGUAAUAAUUUUAGAAUGAAAUACAAAACAAAAAAAGAUCGUUCGCAAACUAUCUCAAUACUGGCUAGAGAUUGGAACAGGAAAAAAGGAAAAUAUGCGUUCCUUAAGACCGUGAUCGUGUCAGAAAGACCACCAGAAAUAAAUCAUACCGUGAACAUAACCAUGAACAGAUUAGGACAUUUUUACAUGUGUGUAUCUAUUCCUUUAGACGUCAGCGAUAAUCAAGAUGGUGUCAAAGGAAAAGUGAUAUCGCUCGAUCCAGGUGUACGUACCUUUAUGACUGGUUAUGAUCCUAACGGUCGAAUUGUAGAGUGGGGUAACGGUGAUCUCAACAAGAUAUUUAGAUUAUCAAAGAGAUAUGAUAAAUUACAAAAAGACAAGGAUCUGGCGAUCGGACGAAAAAAUAAACGUAAAAGAUACAAAUUGAAGAUAAAGAUGUAUAGGAUCAUUGUCAGAAUUAGGAACUUGAUCAACGAAUGUCAUCAUCAACUUGCUCGUUGGUUAUGUGAGAAUUAUGAGAUCAUAUUAAUACCAAAAUUCGAAACCUCGAACAUGGUUCUUAAAAACAAGAGAAAGAUCAGGUCGAAGACCGCGAGGAUGAUGCUGACAUGGUCACAUUAUAGAUUUAGGAUGUUUUUACACCACAAAGCUAGGGAAUUUGUGAGUUGUAAAGUUAUCGAAUGUACCGAAGAAUACACAUCUAAAACAUGCG